CCCGCCGGCGUCGUCGCCAUCACCUUCGCGGACCUCCGGCGCCGCGGCGUGAUCGACGGCAUGGUGCUCUGCGACGUUUCCGGUGCCCGGGUCCGGGCCGCGCGCGAGACCAUGGCGCGCAAGAUCGGCGCCGUGUACAAGGACAUGGACCUCACCAUGACGACCCUACCCGACGACGACGUCGACUUCGAUCCGGACGCCUUCAGAGCCGCGAUCGCGCACAUGAAGCGCGGCGACGUCGUCACCAUCUUCACCCCCGACGACACCCACUUCAAGAUCUGCAUGGCGUGCGUCGAAGCCGGCCUGCACGUGCUGUGCGCCAAACCCAUCGUCAAGAGGCUCGAGGACCACACCGCGCUCGCGGAGGCGGCGAAGCGCCACGGCGUCCUCGUCGCGGUGGAGUACCACAAGCGAUUCGAUCCGAUAUACGUCGACGCCAGGGACCGAGUCAGGGCUCAGCUCGGCCCGUUUUCCUAUUUUUCGUCCACGAUGACGCAACCCAAGGCGCAGCUGGACACGUUCGCCGGGUGGGCCGGUAAGUCGUCCGACAUCUCGUACUACCUCAACAGCCACCACAUGGACGUGCACGCGUGGUCGGUGGGUCGCACGUCGCGGCCGGAGCGCGUCGUGGCGAUGGCAGCCAGGGGAGCCGCGGAGCGACGCCUGAAACCGUCUGAUAAUCGCGCCAUCGAGGACACGAUCACGCUGAUGGUGCAUUGGCGCAACGACGACGACAGCGCCGGCGUCGCCACGUACACCGCCAGCUGGAUCGCCCCGCGCGCGGAUUCGCACACGCAGCAGCACUUCCACAUCAUGGGACACGAGGGCGAGAUAAGGGUCAACCAGGCGAAGCGAGGGUACGAGAUGUCCACCGAUGAGAACGGUUUCGCUCAGCUCAACCCGCUGUACAUGAAGUACACGCCUAGCCCGUCGGGACACUUCGCGGGCCAAGGCGGGUACGGGUACAGGUCCAUCGAGGAGUUCGUGAGGGCGGCAGAGGAGGUCAACUCGGGCAGGGCGACGAUCGGAGACAUCUCGGGCAGGGACGUGCUCGCGACGGUGGACACGACGGCGAGGGUGACGGCGAUGCUCGAGGCCGGGCGGAUGUCACUGGACGCGGGGGGCGCGGGGGUGCGCAUCCUGUACCCGGACGACCUGAGAGACGAGAACGCCGCGCCGGAGAAGGAGGCGAAGAGGCUCAAGAACGGCAAGGCGGUCGACUGCGAGGCGGAGCCGGUGGGACUCAGGCUGGAGUGA